AUGGAGGCUGCCAAGAACUUUUACGAUGAAGCCCAGGCAAAACUGGAUAAAGUCCUGCCUCGCUUCAACCAACUCUCUGUGAACUCCCAUCUAGUAGACAAGACUAUUGGUCAGGUCGAAGAGAACACGGUCUCUCUCGUGUACAAAAACAGCCGAAAGAUCCUCGCCAGUGCUCUCAAGAACAUCCGUGACGGCAAACCAGCUCAGUCCAUCCCGACGACGGAGCCGAGCUCUUCUGAGAUCGAUUCCCCCAGGCACGCUGAUCACCAAUACCUGCUCCUAUCGCCCACACCACCCAAAGCAGCACACAUGGGAAUGCUGCAUGAGGCCAGGCAGAUCAACAAACGGCUCUGGCUACACAACCGUUGGCUGGCUGGUCUCAUCGGCCCGCCUCUCGCAGUACCCCCUGAACUCGAAACCUCACUGCCUCCCAAGAUCCUUGAACAAUCCCGGAAAAUGCUCUCUGAGUUGAAGAGCAGAGCCGCCGAUGUCGGUCCGACUGGUUUGCCUCGCUUUUCCACUGGCCUGCCAAAACCGGAACCAACUUUGGCUGAGACACCCAAAGCUCUCCUUGCACCUCUUGUGAGGAUCCCUGCUCAGAUCCCUCAAUCACAUUCCCUUAGCCCGACUCCAGUGAAAGUAGAAUGCGAUCCACUCAGCGAGCUCUUACCCAAAAGACAGCAGCAUCCCACUCCUGGUCCUCCGCCUUUAGACCUCUCCCGGGGCCCACAAAACCAGACCAAACGGUUUGCCAGACGUCGCUACCAGAACGUGUUGAGCCAAGUGCCCAUCCUUGUCCAUAGCAAUCAAAAGAACAAGCAAGCAAUUCAAACCAUCAAAGAAACUCCGUUGAUGGAAGAUAGCUUCGAUGGCCAAUCCGUCGAUCGCAAUUGGAUUACUCCUUUGCCCUCCUGCGAUGGGGAUCGUCAUCCAUUGUAUUCGGUCAAAAUGGCCGGCAAUCGUCUCGGGGCGAUCAACUUUCACGACAUGAGCAACAAAGAUUUGGAUUGGAUGCCUUGA